AUGUUCUUAGCCACAGUUUUUGCAUUUAUUUUCCUCUCUGAGGCUUAUCCCGUUGAUCACGACCCGUUUAAUCCAAUUGGACCGUGGUUUCGACAUAAACCUCCAUGUGGCUUACCGUCAUUCGUAGAUGAACUGCCAACUGACGCAGCAAAAGAAGUAAAGGAAAUAUGGAAAAAUUUUAAAGGUGGACUGCAUUGUGGUAAAGAACAUCAACUCACUAAGGUCUUAGUUCAUUCCUUACCGGAAGAAGUACGGCAUCGGAUAUUUUCCGGUCGCUGUGGUCCAUCAUUUUUGCGUAACUCAUCGGCUACAAUACGUAAUGAAUUUCGCAAUGUGUGGUUUAAUCACCGCUUAACAAUUGAGCAGAAGGAACUAAGGCUUAAAAAACUUGCUUUCUCCUUACUGAGGGGAGAAUCGCUCGCUUUAUUCUACAAAUGGGAAGAAGAACUCCAAAAUCGGAAAACAGAACUGGCAGAGAAAGUGGCUAAUUUGUCGCCAGAUGCUCGAGAUGCUCUUGAAAAAUGGAAGGAAUUGAAGUUCAAGGAGACGGAAUUUCUUGCUGGGCUUCCAAAACACAUUUUGAAAGAGUUGAAAUCUCUUUGCCAGUAUCAUACGUGGAACAUGAAAGUAACUGAAAAAGCUGUAGAGACGAGUAGUGUAAGCGCAGUUAGCACGAAACUUACAACCACUACAGUAGCGAUAACAGAAACAACGACAGCUACUUCGAAACCAGUGGAACAGCCAACUACAUCAGAAAGUACAACUUCUGAAGACGAGAAAAUGACAGAAAAAGAGUUUGCACUGUUUCUUGACAGUACCAUAUCAGACGUGUUUUCAGAUGAUGCUGAAUGUACAGCAUUUGCUUAG